AAAGUUCCGAUUGAUUGUUUCCCUGAUCAUCAUUUCCGCAGCAGCGUUACAGUUUACUUAUUUCACCAGCAGUCGAGAUACACCAUUGCAGAUGUCAAAUUUAUCACGGAAUUUUCUGCAAGGCGCUAGAAAUUGUGAGCCGAUUUUAAAGUCUUUAACCCAUUCGGAGUUUCGCGGACACUUGGGAGUACUCAAUAACACGAUUAUAUCUCAUCGAAAUGAGUCUACUGACGAUGAUGUGACGGGAAAACAAAAAACAAGGAAUUGCUCAGAAAUGGACACAUUUUUGAGAAAAACUGGCUAUGUCUUCGCCAAUUGCUCCGGCAAUCUUGGCAACCAAGUUUGUAUUCUAGGCCUGGGUUUGCAAAUGUAUCUGCAGAGCGGCGUAAAAUUAGUCAUCAAAACUUCUCAAUCUGACAAAUUGAAUACAGUCGUUGAUGUGCAAAAUAUCUGCAGAGAAGAUGGCUCGACGUUUUGCAUUAUUUGGCCUAAAGAUUGCAAAAUGGAUACAGAGAGCAUGAAAUACUAUGAUGAUCGAAAAACGUUUCGAGAAACGCUGACUUCCAAACUUGACUUUGUGGGAAAAGCCAUCAACAUGUUCACGUGUCCUUGUCCACUCGACAAAUUGGCAGAUGACUACCACAACGUGUUCAAGCAGCAGGUGCAAUUUAGGGACUCAGUCUGGUCAGAAGCUAAACUGGUUUACGACAGUCUAAAAAAGAGAGCCGUCUGCACUGCAAAAGAUAAGCAGAACACUGAAUGUCCGAUGGUGUUUGUGCACAUGAGAAUGGCCAACUAUUAUCACAAAAAAAUGCGAGCACGAAAUGACUUCAAUAUUUACGAUAAGACGGACUACGUACAAGUAGCCUUCAGAAACGCAUCCAUCACUUACCAGACUUCAACUAUAUUUGUCUUGGGCUAUACGGACAAAGAUGUGUUCAAUUUUUUCGAGAUGCACUCCAGAGAAUUUGACGGGCUCGACAUUAUUUUUGUCUCUCAUGAAAGGAGCAAUCUUAUCAAGGACCCCCAUAAAUACGCAGCGAUUGACAUGGUGCUUCUAUCUAUGGCCGAUGUACUGAUCAUGACUGUGGGAACAUAUGGAGAAUCAGGGGCUCUUCUUGGAAAAGAGAAACAAGCAGUUUAUUUGCCAGACUAUUAUGGAUACACUUUUAGUAAAAAUAUAACCAACUCCAGAUUUAUUCGAAUUCCAUUUAAACAAUGGCAAUGAUAAAACACUUCCGAAACAGGCGACGAA